AUGGCGACAGCCGUUGUCGUACCCACGUCGUGCACCCCGUACAGCCGUCACCAGCCAGCGGUCCCGCGAUCUUCUGGGAUCGUUGCGGCGAGACCGCACGCACGACUGCAACCACAACCGCACGGGCAAUUGAGGAAGCAGGCGAACGGAGCGGGUUUGGCACUGGGUCAGCCGCAAUGGCUGCAGCUGUGGCAGGCGCGGCGGCAGCAGCGGCGGUGGGGGGAGGAGAUGGGCUGUUGCGGUGUGUGGAGAGCAGCAGCUUCAAACAAUCAGAGCCUUAGUGAUGACAGCAGUUCAUGGUCUGAAACGACCCAAGACUCCUCCUCCUCCUCUUCCGCCUUCUCCUCCUCCUCGUCAUCAUCAUCAUCAUCGUCAAGUCUUUCCUCGCAAUCACUAGCACAACCGCAGUUGUCUUCAGCAUCAGCAUCAACAUCAGCAUCAGCAUCAGCAUCAGAAUCAGCAUCGGGCAUGGUGGUGGAGUGCACGAGCAUGGACGAGGUGUACGAGACUCUGGCUCACAGGCUGCUCGCUGCUGCUCACGCCACCGCUCCCCCCAACAAGUUUCUGGUAGCGCUGGCAGGGCCGCCGGGUGCGGGCAAGUCAACGGUGUCUCAGGCCGUGGUGGACCGAGUCAACCACGCAUGGCGCCAUGCACUGCCGUGCACCACUCAUGCUGCUGCUGCUGCUGCUUCUGCGGAUGCUGAUGUUGCUGCGGAUGCUGAUGUGGCGGCCGUGGCGCCCAUGGAUGGGUUUCAUCUGUACAGAUGGCAGCUCGAUGCUAUGGAUGACCCCGAGGAAGCCCAUGCACGGCGAGGAGCCCCCUGGACGUUCGACCCUGCAUCACUGGUGGACUGCCUUCAGACUCUCAAGGACCAGGGAACUGUGUCUCUGCCUUCCUUUGACCACGGAGUUGGAGACCCAGUCCCGAAUGACAUCCCCAUCCCCCCCAGCGUGCGAGUGGUGGUGGUGGAGGGCAACUAUCUGCUGCUCAAUGAGGGCGACUGGGCGCGCCUGCGGCCUCUCUUUGAUGAGACAUGGUUCGUGCAGGUAGAUUUGGAUGAGGCAAUGCAGCGAGUGGAAAAGCGACACGUGGCAACAGGUGAGAGGCACCACAUCUGGCACAAGAUUUCAACCCGUUCCGUCACAUGA